UUUGGAUUGUCUCGGUCGCAUUGACGAUCUGACAUCGGAGGCGCUUUUGGCAGAUACCAAUUCAUCGGCUACCGUCUCGCCAUCACCAUGCUGUCCUCCAUUGGGCGCGCCGCCGUUCGCCGGCUUACCUCAAAGCCCGUUCCUACGUCAUUCGUCCUCUCGCGCACUGUCGCCGAGCAAAACAGUCUCGCGUCGCUUGCCUCGAGCUUUGCCAAGUCAUGUGCUCUACGCACCUUCGCGACGACAUCAGCGGGCACCCAGACCGAGCAGCCUGUGGGCGUGGGCAGAGGCAGACCGAAGAAGACAGCAACCACCACCCCCGCCACCACGUCCACAAAAGCAAGCCCAAAGCCCAAAGCUAAGGCGGCCAAGCCAAAGAAGAAGAAGAAGGUGGUUGCGAAAAAGCCCACCAAGCCAAAAUCCGCCGGGAGGCCAAAGAAGCCGCUCACCCAAGAGCAGAAGGACCAGUUGAAGCUCAAGGAAUACAAGCAGAAAGCCCUCUUCCAAGAGGAGCCUCGCAAGGGCUUGCCCACACAACCUUGGAAUCUCUUCCUGGCGGAGCAGUUGAGCGGUCAGAAAUACGACGGUGCUCAGGACGUUAAAAGUCGCUUCACCGAAGUUGUUGCCAAAUUCAAAGCCCUGUCAUCGUCCGAGCUCGAGCAACUGAGAACCACUUCCGAAGAGAACAAACUCAAGAAUGCUGCCACCUACAAGGCCUGGGUUGAAAGCAUUCCCCUAGCGCGGAUUGUCGAAGCCAACAACGCUCGUACUCGGUUGAAGUCAAAGUUCAACUACCCGAAGCACAACAAGAUGCUUAUCAAGGAUGACCGAAUCGUUAAGAGGCUACUGUCCUCGUUCACUUACUUCACCAAGGCGAGAUGGGCUUCUGGAGAAUUCAGCGGCAAAGUUUCUAGUUCGGUUGCCAAAGAUCUAGGCGCUGAGUGGAGGAGCUUGUCCGAGGCAGAAAAGCAGCCAUACAUCGAGCUUGCUCGGGCCGACGCCAACCGUUACCAUCGGGAAAUGGAAGCAGCCAACUUGCAACAUCAUCAAAAUUGAUGAACGUCCUGAAUCUUGUCAUCCAAGGCAGGGGCUUUGGUGGUGUUCCAGCUCUGAAGGUAUCCGGAUGCCUAGAACUGAUUAUGUGUAAAGGAAGGAAGUGGUGUUUAUUUCUGGAGAUAGGCGACCAUGAAAUAUGGUUGUCAAUUGUAUCAAUUCACCCAAGAUGUUCUUGUUUUCACUUGAGCCUUUCCUUUGAUAGUGAUCCCACCUAUGUAUUGAGAAUUCAUCAUACAUUACAACAGGCGACAAUGGCAGACCGCGAUUGUACUAUCUCGAAGUUAGAGGUAACAAGUUGACACAAGCUGCACAGCAAUUUGAACGUGUCCUUACAA